CCUGUUUUUUUCUGACUGAGCUGCUGCUGUCGCUGUGAAGCAGAACAGCUCUUCGCUCUUCGCUCUUCAUCAGCUUAUCACUCCACCUCAGGACGAGUGACUGCACUACCUGCAAAUGGCCCUCCGGUGGCUGAGCUGCAGUACUGCAGUGUUGCUGCUCUUGGUUCACGUCGCCCCGGUCGUCGCACAGACGUCCUGUGGAGCCCCAGGGAUUCCUGGGAUACCGGGCACCCACGGGCCCAAUGGCAGAGACGGUACCAAAGGAGAGAAGGGAGACCCUGGUGAGUCAGGCCAGCCUGUCAGGGGCCAGAAGGGGGGGCCGGGUCUGCGGGGCCCCCCGGGACGGCCUGGGAUGAAGGGGGACGUGGGUCUGCCGGGGCCCCCCGGAUAUCCAGGCCAGCCUGGGGAGAAGGGAAGACCCUUCAACCCCUCCAAACAGGCGAGAGCCUUCUUCUCCCAAAAACGUCUGUUACCACAGUCACCAGAGAUCGACACAACCAUGAACUUCAACAGCGAUAUCUUACCGAACCUGGAUCAACAGUUUCAAGGAGUUUCGCUGACAAACGGAUCGUUCGUAUGCGUCAUCAAAGGCGUCUAUUUCUUCAGUUACCACAUAUCAGCAAAGAGCAGAGUGUGUCUGAAGCUGCUGAAGGGCAGCGACACUCACAUGACGCUGUGUGACAUAGCCGAGGGCUUCCUGGUCACCUCCGGCUCGGCGGUCCUGGAGCUGGAGGUCGGGGACACAGUCUCACUCCAGGCAACCAGGUACAACAACAUCGUGACGAGUCAGAGCAGCGCCAGCCACACCUUCACCGGCUUCCUGAUCUUCUCCACCGCCUAGAUCCGCGGCCUCUCACCCACACACGCAGUCAGAGGGAAUAAAAUGAGACUUUUAGUGACAUUUACAGCAAUCAAGUGAAAUAUGUGUUUUCUGUAAUCCAACAGCAGAAUUAAUAAAGGUUAGCUCAGCGGCCGCGUGUUGCAUGUUUUAGCCUGUUACAGUCAAAACAAAUCACAUGUACUUUAAAUUCCUGAUGUGCAUUUUUAAAAAAACAUAACACAUUUUAUAUCAAACUCCAACCUUUCCAGCAAAAAUCCAUUUCAGUGAGACAUUCAGAAGAUUUAUUCAAGUGUUUUAAGAUCAGUUAAAGGGACAGUCUGUAAUCCAAAUAUAAACAAAUUGCCUCGCCUUCAAAAAUGAAAGCACAAGACUGAAAUCUGCUACUGCUUCCAUACUGACUGACAUACUCUUCAUACAUUAUACCACUCUAACAUUAAACAACUAAAUCUA